GUUUCGAGGCGUCGUCAGCAUGUGGACGUGCGUAGGAGUGCUAGCGCUCGCGGCGUGCGCUUGCGCCGUCACGCGAGAUCAGUUCUACCCCUAUGGCCCCACCCUAGACGCGAGCCUACCGAAAGGACAGGCGCUCUCCUCCCCUGAAAUUCCUCUAAAAGUGCCUAUUAGCUUUUACGGAGAGACCUACGAAACAAUAUUUGUUAACAACUACGGAGUCCUCUCGUUCAGAGCGGACAUUCCAACGUUCCUGAACGCGGAGUUCCCUCUGCCGUAUCCCUCAAUCGCUGCGUUCUAUACAAACGUGGAUACGAGCGAAGUCGGCGACAUAUUCUACAGGGAAACAGACGAGCCCCACGUACUUAUCAAAGCAGAGGAGAGUGUACAAAGCAACUUCCACGACUACUAUGACUUCAAACCUAAAAGCGUUUUCAUCGCAACGUGGCUGGAGGUCUCAUACGCUGGCCAUUCCGACCGCAAGAACAGCUUCCAAAUCGCAGUGAUCAGCAAUGGCACUGAAAGCUUCGUGGAACUGAUCUACCCGGAGCGAGACAUCCAGUGGAUACAGCGCGAGGCCCAGCCCAACAGUCUACCUGACGCCAAAGCGCAGGCCGGCUUCGUUGCCGAGGACGGCAGACUACUGACGCUCAGGGGAUCCGGCAGCCAUCAAAUUAGAAACAUUGUUUCAUGGAGUAACGUCCACGAACCGGGUAAAUACGUGUUCCGAGUGGGAAACAUCUCUCCCGAUGGCAACGUAGCUGUCCCUGACCUGUACAAUCAAAGUGAAGAUGAGAUCGAAGAGGAAUCGAAAACUUGUGCGCAGAGCGGCCCCAGCGUGUGUCACAUCCAAGCGCGCUGCGUCGACUACCCUGCAGGUAUAUGUUGCCAAUGCGAGGAAGGAUUCUACGGCAAUGGAAAGUCUUGUAUCAAAGACGACGUACCGCUCCGAGUUCACGGAAAAGUCAACGGAAUCAUCAAUAAUGUUAAUCUAAACGACGUAGACGUACAAGCUUACGUCGUAGUAGCGGACGGUAGAUCUUACACGGCUCUCUCCCAAGCGCCACCUUCACUCGGCACCAGCUUACUACAACUGAGUGUAAUAGGAGGAGUUAUCGGCUGGCUCUUUGCGAAGCCGUCCGGUGAAGCAAAGAACGGCUAUCAGUUGACCGGCGCUCUUUUUAAUCACACCGCUGACAUUUUCUUCCCAGAAACUGGUGAUAGACUAACGGUGUACCAGGAAUACUUGGGCCACGAUGUGUUCGAUCAGAUAACUCUAGAAGCUGAUGUCAGAGGCACUAUACCUGUGGUAGCACCCGGAACCAAGCUUGAUAUUUCAGAAUACGAAGAGCAAUAUACGCUCGUUGAAUUAGGUGUCUUACGCAGUGACUCCUCUCGCACAUUUACGAACAAAGUUACCGGCGAAAAGUACGAACAGAGAGUGUCACAAACCUUCACAUUCAACUCUUGUCGAUACCUUCCUCCGUCAGAAGAUGACACGACCUCCUCGACAUUGAAGGUGGCUAAAAACUAUCUUGGAUAUGAGGCGAGAGAAAAUAUCGUAAGAUACGGUACUAGUAAUAAAAUCGUACCUCUAGGUAAGGAAGACCCUUGCAUUGAAGGUAAAAAUAGUUGCGGUCCUCACAGCACGUGCGUGGUACAAGGCGACACUUUCGCAUGCGUGUGCCAGUCGGGUUUCUCGAGCCAAUAUCGGGACGAUUCUACAGUCGAAUGCGACGACAUUGACGAAUGUGCGACCGGAACUCACAACUGUGACGUAAAUGCCGACUGCUAUAAUCAUGAGGGAGGCUUCCAAUGCAGAUGUCGGGACGGAUACGACGGCAACGGCGUCUCCUGCAGUCGUGUUCUACAAUGCAGGGACAGAAAUUGUGACCCGAACGCUCAAUGUGUAAACACGGAAAAUGAAGCGAGAUGCAUGUGUAAUCCUGGAUUUACUGGAAAUGGGCAGAGAUGCUGGCCAACGUACGAAAAUAAAUGUGAUAACUGCUCUCCAAACGCUUACUGCAGAUUUGUAACAGAAACAAAUAAUUACAAAUGUGAGUGCAACAAUGGCUAUACUGGUGAUGGAUACUACUGUACCUCAGACAUCCCCACCAGCCCCACGACCGAACGGACAAGUGGAUCUAGCUACUCUACACCUUCUACAUCGAACAUCCCAUAUAACUAUCCAAGUCAAGAACCAAGUGGUUCUACAUAUGCAUCCAGCACUACAAGUUAUCAAACCCCACCGAGUUUACCCAGUUACAAGCCAACUGUCCCAGAUUAUCCUAGUUACCCCAAUGCUUUUUUUACACCUAAACCUAGCACUACACCGUCCGAAGAAGAUACACUAGAUGAAAGUGAAGAGUCUGAAGUUACCGAUGCGCCCACGACCAAACCGACUACGACUGUCACUGAAUCGGACUACAACGAGUCAAUCGUAUUACCGCACUGCGAUGUCUACGAAUGUACCUGUCCGGCAGGGUACACCAGCUUCAAAGACGAACGGGGCAACAGCUUGUGUCGAUAUGACCCAGGAAUUAAAUGUUUGGGCGACUCCGACUGUCCACCGAACGCCAUCUGUUCUAUUCCAUCUCCUGAAGCCACGGAGACGAAUUACGGCCAAUGUAUUUGCCCCGAAGGUUAUGAGGGAGACGCUUACGAGUGCAUCGAAAAGACAGGCCCCACUUGUUCGUGCGGCAUGAACGCACACUGCAUCGACACGCCCACGGGCGAGCUCAUCUGCGUCUGCGCCACCGGCUACCAUGGCGACGGAUACCUAUGCCGACCCAAUUUCAGCUGCACCAACAACUCCGACUGCGAGUACCACGCCGAGUGCCGGCCUGACCCAGGCAGCGGUGACUACGCUUGUCAGUGCAUCGACGGGUACAUCAAAGAUCAAAACGAUGCCUGCAUCCCAGACGGCCAGCUGUGCAAUGGCGCCGUGUGCGCCGAGCACGCCUCCUGCCUUUAUGACGAGACGAUCGGCGUGAGCUACUGCCACUGCGACCCGGGGUACGAGGGGGAAGGGAUAGGGCAGUGCGUCCCGCAAGGCAACACGUGCGACGUUGCACACGACUGCAGCUACGACGCCGUGUGCACACUCGUCGACCAGUCGUAUCAAUGCGUUUGCAAAGACGGCUUCAACGGCGACGGCUACACGUGCACGCCGGAGCUCAGCUGUAGGAUAAACCCGUACAUGUGUGACAUUCACGCCGCCUGUAUUAAAUCGAGCGAAGGGUACGAGUGCGCGUGCAACACGGGCUACAACGGCAACGGCACCGUAUGCGAACUUAACCCCCGACAGGCCGGCAACUUCCUGGUGGCCAGCGAUGGAGCAUCCGUGUUCCGCGUGCCGUUCCGAGUCUCGCCGAGGGUGUUCGCAACGCCGCUGAAUAGCGCAGUCUAUCAGAUGGCCGUUGGUAUCGACGUCGACUGUCUCACUGGCAGAAUAUAUUGGGGCGAUGUCGCUGGGCAUGUGAUUAAGACAGCAGCCUACGAUGGAUCGGGCUUAGAAAACUUCUUGACGGAGGACAUCAAAACUCCGGAGGGUCUGUCCGUCGAUUGGGCUGCGAGGAAUAUAUUCUGGACUGAUUCGAAGAAACUGUCUAUUGAAGUGGCCAAUCUCGACAGGAAGACGAGAAAAGUUCUAUUCUCCAUGGACGGCAUCGCCAACCCCAGAGGCAUCGCUGUACAUCCACAGAGAGGAAAAAUCUUUUGGUCUGAUUGGAAUCGCGCCGGACCAAAAAUUGAGUGGGCCAACAUGGAUGGAACGCAACGCGGCGUGUUUCUGGACCAGACAGAUGUCAAGUUGCCCAACUCGCUAGCAAUCGACUGGGCUCGGGACAGACUGUGCUACGCGGACGCGGGCCUCUUCAGCAUCAGGUGUGUCAGCAUCGCCACCUCUGAAAGGGAGAUCAUCGCCGCCAACUGCUCACAUCCCUUCGGUCUCGCCAUCAGCGGCGACAAGUUCUACUGGACAGACUGGCGAACACUGGAUAUCGAAUUUAUAGACACAGCCACUCAAGUGAAAGGCCGGCUUCCGAUAGCCGCGGCCACAAGGAGGCUGUACGGAGUCGCCGUGGCCCCUGAGGAGUGUCCCACACACACCAACGUGUGCCAAUACAGGAACGGCAACUGUGGCCCAGGACAACUCUGCUUACCCGACGGCAGGGGCGGCAGGACUUGCCUCGACGGAGACAAAAAUACUAAUUAAGUAUUGCCAGUCAUUGGAACCUACCAAAGAGUAGUUUUAGUAAAAUAUUGUACCAAUGUAAAUCUGCUUUCCAAAACGAAUUGACCGAAA